AUGCCUCUUCUAGAGCCCGUUCAUAUCGGCGUUAUUGGCGGCACCGGGUUGAGCGAGCUCCCCAAUUUCACCAAGGUCGCUACCCUUACAAUCACAACGCCAUGGGGUGAACCGUCCUCGCCGGUUUCAAUCCUCCACCACACCUGUUCCACCAGCGGCAAGGUCGUUCCAAUUGCUUUCAUCAGCCGACACGGCCUUCACCAUCAGCUUUCUCCUCACGAGGUUCCUAGCCGUGCCAACAUUGCUGCUCUACGAUCUAUUGGAGUCCGAAGUGUCGUAGCAUUCUCUGCGGUUGGCAGCUUGCAAGAAGAGAUCAAGCCCAGAGAUUUCGUGAUCCCAGAUCAAGUAAUUGACCGCACCAAGGGAGUUCGGCCAUGGACAUUCUUUGAGGAUGGGAUUGUAAACCAUGUUGGAUUUGCCGAUCCGUUCGACGAGAAAAUGGCCGAAGUUGUAAGGGCUUGCGGCCACAGCCUGGAAGGAGAGGGGGUCAUUCUUCACGAUCGUGGCACUUUGAUAUGCAUGGAGGGCCCACAGUUCAGCACUCGCGCGGAGAGUAAGCUCUACCGAAGCUGGGGCGGCAGUGUCAUUAACAUGUCCUGCCUGCCAGAGUCCAAACUAGCACGUGAAGCGGAAAUGGCAUAUCAGAUGAUCUGCAUGUCAACCGAUUAUGACUGCUGGCACUCCGGCACUGAGGAUGUCACUGUGGAAAUGGUCAUGAGUAACAUGAAAGCAAACGCUGUAAACGCCAGAAACUUCAUCGGCGCUGUCCUGGAUGAGUUGACCAAAGACGAACACGCAGACCUCGUCAGGGGGAAGCACCUUGAAGGUAGUGCAAAAUUCGGCUUGAGUACGAAACCUGGCAGCAUCGGUGCCUCGGCUCUGUCCAAGAUGUCCUGGCUCUUCCCAGGGUACUUUUCCAACUGA